CAGGUGCACAGUGAAAUCUCCGCAGAAAGAGCUGGCUAUCUGAACCACAGAUUGGAAAGUUACUGGAACAUAGAAAAUAUAAAGAACCCUUGGCAUCAAGCACUUGAAUGGGAUAUUUUGCUCUCCAAUUAUGGAUAUUACAACAGAUUGUAAACAAGAUCUCUCAAAUGAAAUCUAUAGACUUGGAACAUUUAUCAACUUUCCAUCUGAUUCCCCAGUAUCUGAAGCAACAUUAGCCAGAGCAGGUUUCUUUUACACUGGUAUCAAAGACCAGGUUAAAUGUUUCAGCUGUGGUGGUGCAGUUGAUAACUGGCAACAUGGAGAUUCUGCUGUACGAAAACACAGGCAGCUAUUUCCAGCUUGUCCGUUUAUUAAUGGUUCAAGCCUGAAUGAACAAAUUGCAAACUCUCAUUGUUUAGUCACAUCUCAUGACCCUGAAAACUCUGACCAAGCAGCUGCAAGUAGUAAUCAUGCAUUGGAAAAUGGCCCUUGCAACCAGUUGAAUGUUGUCCACCAAUAUUGUAAUCAAAUUCUCAGCAAUCGUGUGAAAAGGAAGAGUAUUGAAGACCUUUCGCACCUACGACCCAAAAAUCCUGCCAUGUGCAGUGAAGAAGCCAGACUUUCUACCUUUACCAAGUGGCCGAGUUAUGGGAUUGUAACACCAAGAGAACUUGCUAAAGCAGGACUUUAUUAUACAUACAAAGAUGAUCAAGUACAAUGCUUUUGUUGUGGAGGGUUAAUGAAAAACUGGGAACCUGGAGAUCGAGCAAUGUCUGAACACAAGAGGCAUUUUCCAAUGUGUGCUUUUGUUUCAGGGCGUUUUAUUGGAAAUAUACCAAUUGAUGCAAAUUGCAGUGAAACAAUAGAUGUUAACCAGUCUGUAAAUGAACCAAAAGCAAAUACUUCUGAUUUACCUAAGCAUCCAGACAAGCAGACAUUUGAUUCACGUCUUCAAACCUUCAAAUGCCAAAUAAGUUUUCCACUUAAUAUUGCUGAUCUUGCAAGAGCUGGAUUUUAUAGCACAGGUGACGACGACAAUGUGAAGUGUUUUCACUGUGAUGGAGGCCUCAGAAAUUGGGAGUCUUCUGAUGAAGCCUGGGAGCAACAUGCCAAGUGGUUUCCAGGGUGUGCUUUCCUGAUAGAACAGAAAGGCCGUGACUUUGUCAAUGAUGUUCAGUUGAAGAAAUUGUACUCCAACUCCAAAGUUAAAGGCUGUUUCUCCAAAACAAAUCCCAGUGUGGAUGAAUGUAAAGAGUUGCAUGUGUGGCUUACUGUCAGUGGUAAUGAAAUGAUUGGAAACUCAUCAAAAAUGAAAUCCAGCUUAAAUUUUGCUGGACAUAAGGUUGGCAACUGUUCAAUACUUUUCUCUCUGAAACCGGAAACUCUGCACUGCUUCAGGAGAACAGGCAGUGGUAAUUCAGGAUGGGGCCCUACAGGGUAAUAGCUGGUUUUGUCAUAUCUGGGUUCUGUUCUCCCUGACACACCCAUACAGCAUUCAUGUAAACCCUUGUAAGAAGCUGUCUUUUGCAACCUGUGGAACUUCAUUUUUUGAAUAGUUAAUUUAAUAUAAAUAGAACUGAAAAAUAAGUGCAGAAUGCUGUUAACUUUUCAUCUCUGCAAUACUUCAGCUUAGCUUUGUAUCAUCCUGUGCAUUUGCCCCAGUUUUUAAUUGGCUCUGCAAAAUGUUAUUGGUCAUCUUUCUUUACUGUUAUGACUUCAGCUGAUGGUAACACUAGCCAAGACUCUUUCCAGAGUGAAAUGUAGAUUGACAGACACAAGCUGUGUUCUUGGCAAUUUAUUAAGCAUUUUCAAUCACUUUGGCAGCUUUGUACCAUGUACUUUGAGAAAAGCAAGAUUUAACUCUUUUCCCCAACAAUAUCCUUUUUUACCGACAGCCCGGUGAAGUAUUCACUUUCAGUUUUUUUAACUGAACUGAUGAGGUUAUGUACCUUUUUUUACUUUUUGUCCUGUCAGCAAUCUUCUCUACAUUAAUCAUGUAUUUUUCCUCAGUUGCUGUCCUGCAGCUGGCCUCCUUUCUCUGCUCCAUUAAAUAAUGACCAAGCUCCCCCACUACUAAUCCAGCAACACAAGUCAUGUUCUUGGAACCCAAGUUCCAUUUAAGAAUCAAAUUCACAGCCUAAUGCUGACCCUGAAACCCUUUACUGUUUUUUGGGGGUGAAUAAAGAUAA